CAAAUGACCGGGGCCCCGCGUGCAUUUGCCGCCCGACCGCGCGAAGCCCGGGUUUCCUGCACGGCAGCUAGCGGGAGGCUGGGAGCAUGAGACCCGAGGGCUGGGGGCUAUGCUGGGCCGCCGCCCUGCUCCUCGCAGCGACGGGGGCGGCAGUGGAAGACAAAUGCGGGAGAAAUGAGUUCCAGUGCCAAGAUGGGAAGUGCAUCUCCUACAAGUGGGUUUGUGACGGGAGGGCCGAGUGCCUGGAUGCCUCAGAUGAGUCCCAGGAGACCUGCAUGUCUGUCACCUGCAAGUCGGGAGACUUCAAUUGUGGGGGCCGUGUCAACCGCUGCAUCCCUCAGUUCUGGAGAUGUGAUGGCCAGAUGGACUGUGAGAAUGGCUCAGACGAGCAAGGCUGUCCGCCCAAGACAUGUGCCCCGGAUGAGUUCCGCUGCCAGGAUGGAAAGUGCAUUGCCCCGGAAUUCGUCUGCGAUUCAGACCAGGACUGUUUGGACGGGUCCGAUGAGGCAUCCUGCCACAUACCCACAUGUGGCCCAUUGCACUUCCAGUGCAAUAACUCUGCCUGCAUCCCUGAGCUGUGGGCUUGUGACGGCGACCCAGACUGCAAGGACGGCUCAGAUGAGUGGCCACAGCACUGUGGGGGCCGCAACACAUCAGCCCCCCAAGGGGACGACAACCCUUGCUCUGCCCUUGAAUUUCACUGCCAGAGCGGCGAGUGUAUCCAUUCCAGCUGGCGCUGUGACGGUGGCCCUGAUUGCAAGGACAAGUCUGAUGAAGAGAACUGUGCUGUGCCCACAUGCCGGCCUGAUGAGUUCCAGUGCUCAGAUGGGACCUGCAUCCAUGGCAGCCGGCAGUGUGACAAGGAGUAUGAUUGUAAGGACAUGAGCGACGAGAUUGGCUGCAUCAAUGUGACACUGUGCGAGGGACCCAACAAGUUUAAAUGCCACAGCGGCGAGUGCAUCACCCUGGACAAAGUAUGCAACUCGGUCAGAGAUUGUCGGGACUGGUCGGACGAGCCCCUCAAGGAGUGUGGGACCAAUGAGUGUCUGGACAAUAAGGGCGGCUGCUCCCACAUCUGCAACGACCUCAAGGUGGGCCACGAGUGCUUGUGCCCAGAGGGCUUCCAGCUGGUGGACCAGCGAAGAUGCGAAGAUAUCGACGAAUGUCAGGAUCCCGACGUGUGCAGCCAGCUGUGCGUGAACCUCGAGGGCAGCUACAAGUGCGAGUGUGAGGAGGGCUUCCAGCUGGACCCCCACACCAAGGCCUGCAAGGCUGUGGGCAACAUCGCCUACCUCUUUUUCACCAAUCGCCAUGAGGUGAGGAAGAUGACUCUGGACCGCACCGAAUACACCAGCCUCAUCCCCAACUUGAAGAACGUCGUCGCCCUGGACACAGAGGUGGCCAGCAACAGAAUUUACUGGUCCGACCUGUCCCAAAGGAAGAUCUACAGCACCCAAAUCGACAGAGCCCCCAGCUUCUCCUCCUAUGACACCGUCAUCAGCGAAGACCUCCAGGCCCCCGACGGGCUGGCAGUGGACUGGAUCCACAGCAACAUAUACUGGACAGACUCCAUCCUGGGCACCGUCUCCGUGGCUGACACCAAGGGUGUGAAGAGAAAGACGCUCUUCAAGGAGAAAGGCUCCAAGCCACGUGCCAUUGUGGUGGAUCCCGUGCAUGGCUUCAUGUACUGGACGAACUGGGGAACUCCCGCCGAGAUCAAGAAGGGGGGUUUGAAUGGUGUUGACGUUUACUCACUAGUGACGGAGGACAUCCAAUGGCCCAAUGGCAUCACCCUGGAUCUUUCUGUUGGCCGCCUCUACUGGGUUGACUCCAAGCUCCACUCCAUCUCCAGCAUUGAUGUCAACGGGGGGAACCGGAAGACCAUUUUGGAGGACAAGAAAAAGCUGGCACAUCCCUUCUCCUUGGCCAUCUUUGAGGAUAAAAUCUUUUGGACGGACAUCAUCAAUGAAGCCAUUUUCAGUGCCAAUCGCCUCACAGGCUCAGACAUUAAUUUGGUGGCAGAAAACCUCUUGUCGCCAGAGGACAUUGUCCUUUUUCACAACUUCACACAGCCAAGAGGGGUGAACUGGUGUGAGGGAACUGCCCUCCCCAAUGGCGGCUGCCAGUACCUGUGUCUCCCGGCCCCGCAGAUCAACCCCCACUCGCCCAAGUUCACCUGUGCCUGCCCUGAUGGCAUGGUGCUGGCCCAGGACAUGAGGAGCUGCCUCAUAGGGACUGAACCUGGAGCCACCAUCCAGGGCACGGCCACGGUCACGGUCAAGUCGACGGUCCAUUCCACAGCCGGGAGGCCGACAGUCCCCUCCACAACCGUGGGGCCAAAGCACACAGCCAGCCCGUGGUCUGUGGCCAGCCCUGAGUUCACCACGGCUGAGAUGGUGACCAUGUCCCACCAAGCCCUGGGCGACGCUGCCAGCAGAGGAGACGAGAAGCCCAGGAGCGUGGGGGCUCUGUACAUCAUCCUCCCCAUCGUCCUGCUCAUCCUCCUAUGCUUUGGGACCUUCCUCCUCUGGAAGAAUUGGCGGCUUAAAAGCAUCAAUAGCAUCAACUUUGACAAUCCUGUGUACCAGAAGACCACGGAGGACGAGGUGCAUAUCUGCUGCAGCCAGGACGGCUACACCUACCCUUCGAGACAGAUGGUCAGCCUGGAGGAUGAUGUGGCCUGAGCCGCUGCCCCUGGUCCCGUCCUUCCCCGGAACCUGCUGCCGGUCACCUGCUGCCGGUCACGGGCAGGAAGGACACUUUCUCCCCGGACCCUUGACCUGCCACAAACCCUUCCUGAGACCUCGACGCCCUCCUGUUUCAUGCAAAGUGACCAAAGCCCUGCUGGCAGCCGCAGCCUCAGCGCCGGCUGCAGCUUGGCCUGUCUGCCAGAGCUUUGUUCUAUAUAUUUAUUCAUCUGGGAGGCAGAACGGGCUUCCAACGGCGCACACGCAACGGGUUUAGGUAGGGCUUUUUUUUUUUUUUUUAAUUUCUCUAUGAAUAGCAGAGAAGAGAAAGUCGAAUGAGCUGGGGGGGGGGGCGGGGCACGUUUCUGCCCUCUCCAGGGGACUGCUCACUUCUCCCCUCCUGUGGGACUGACGGAGGGACAGAGAGGGGGAGAGAGAGGGAGAGGGAGAGAAGGCAAGCGGCUCUGACCACGAGAGCAGGCCCUACCCAAGGUCCUGAGUAGCUGCCUGCCCCCCACUCUAGCCCGAGCCCCCAAACUCAGGAGUAAAUGUGUUCACCUCUGCCUUGCUGGACAGCCAGCACUAGCUUUUGCCUUGCCGCCCCCUCCCCUGCCCAGAUCUGGAUCAAACUAGUGUUUUCCAAGCAAGAUUUGUGCCCUCCCUUUACGCCAAGACUCUGGUGUUGGUCCUGAUGUGGCCAAAUCCAGCGUCCUGGGCGCGGGGGCCAACCAAACCCCAUUAAUUCACCAAAACCUCAUCGGUUCCCAGGGAAAGCCUGAGCCACCGGUUGCCCUUAAUAUUUAUUAAGUGCCUGAGAUACCCAGUCAGCUGAUGCAUGGAGACAGCGGCCCCCGACCUCUAGGAGCAUCCUUAGGCCUGGGUGCGGCGGUGCAGACCCCAGCCCCUGCGCCCACCCCAGCCCCUUCCAGAUCCCCUUGCACUUUUUUUAGUUCAGGGCUGUAUCUUGUGUAAAGUUGACAUAGUCACUAUUUUGCACUGGUUUCUGUUCCAGUUGGGAUGGGCUCCGGGGUGGGAGAGGAUGGAUGAAUGUACAAUCUCGGGGCCUUCCCCCCCAGCGCCCCCUUCCUACCCCUCCCAGCACUUCAAAGCCACAAUCAUGACUAUCCAGCCUGUGUUUCCACGUCUAUGCAGAUCCCCCUGAGCCAUUAACUUCCCCAAGAUGGUUGUCUUUUGUUUGGCGAAUGCCCAUUUUAGCCCUGUAGGAUGUCCCCCGGGCUUCGUCAUUUUAUGGGACUUAAACAAAAUAUCUUUCCAAUACUAUCAUACGGUCACGUCUAUGACCAAAGAGACAAGUGGCAGCCUCCUGUGGACUCCUGUCAAGGGCUUGUCCACUGUUCACUGCAUGACCACCAAACACUGUGCCCCUGUAGGAAACUGUGAAAGCCUUUUCUCCUUCUGAAGCAUGUAAAUAAACCCCUGUUCAGGUAAUGGGGGGGGCUUUUUGUUAUGUUUGCACUUUGUAUAUUUGUUAAACAUUAUCACUUAUGUAUAUGAAACAAAGAUCUAUUUAUUUUUGCAAACCCUGGUUGCUGCAUCGGUGACCCCUCCGGGGGCUCUGCGUUGAGGGAAGUUGUCUCUGAGACGCCUCUUUUUGUACAAAGAUGACUCAUGCGGGCUUUGCGCAAAGCUCUUCGGGAGGACCGUGUCUGUGUUGUAUAUAUGAUGGGUUGCUUUGGGGGGAUGGGUAUCGCUUUUUAAACCACUGUAUAGAAUGUUUUUAUAGCCCGAAUGUCUUACUGUGAUCAAUUAAAUUUCUUAAAUGAA